GUCGCCUGCGCGCAUCGAUCGACCACGCGACUUCUCGCCCACCACCACCUCACACCCACCCGCUCGCGACUGGCGAGACGGCGGUAGACCCUUCCAACACCCGGUAGACUCCUCGGCGGCACACAACCAUCGCCGCCGACGCCACAGCUGCACCCCUCCCACCGAACCGGUGCGGUAGAACACGGCGCGCUCACCACCCAAACACAUCUAGUCCGACCCGAAGGAAAACCGUGCCAACAUGUCGUCCCCGGGAGAAAAGACAAAGUACUCGCCCGUGAAGGAGGCGGCCGCCAGCGACGGGGCCAACGAGGUGCCCUGCGCCCCGCAGGACGAUGCCAUUUGCCUCAAGGCGAAGAUGAGCCUUCUCAACGGCAUCACCGUCAUCGUGGGCAGCAUCAUUGGCUCUGGCAUCUUCGUGUCGCCCACCGGCGUGUUACUGUACACUGGCUCCGUCAACGCGUCUCUUGUCGUGUGGGUGAUCUCGGGCGUGUUUUCCAUGGUGGGUGCGUACUGCUACGCCGAGCUGGGCUGCAUGAUCUCGAAGAGCGGCGCCGAUUACGCGUACAUCAUGGAGACGUUCGGUCCCUUCAUGGCCUUCAUCCGGCUCUGGAUCGAGUGCAUGAUCGUGCGGCCGUGCUCGCAGGCCAUCGUGGCGCUCACCUUCUCAGUGUACGUGCUCAAGCCUUUCUUCCCAGAGUGCCUGCCGCCAGAUACAUCCGUGCGCCUGCUCGCACCGCAAGAACACUUAGACUAA